AGGGACAGAUCUCUGGUCUGCUGGCCCCAUCCCUUUGCUUGCUGAUCACUGCACCUUCCGCCUCAGAAUGCACCUUGAGAGAGCGCAGGCGUCGCAUCUGGUUCCAUUCUGCUUCACAAUACAGCACCAGUCCAGCACCACUCAGUGCCCAGGACCUGGCACAGAUCUCCAGGCCCCCGUCUGUCUCUGAGGAGCCAGUCUCAACACUCAUCCGUGGCCUCAUAUUGUUCCAACAGGAGCCCGCUGUUCUAGGAAUUGUCUCAAGAAGAAAGAUCUGUUUUGUGUAGCAAUAAUUGGCUUCCACAGAGCUGUCCCAAUGACAGAAUUAUCAGCACACCUACCUCAAUUCCAGCAUGGACAGCUGACAGAAAACUUCCCUGACAACCACCUGAGCAAUACUAAUGACAACAGUGAGAGGCGGCGCCAUGAUAAUUGUGAACGAAGGCGUAAUGACAAUCCCGAAUCAGAGACUAACGGGCAACCACAGAAUAGCACGCAGCAAGUGGUGGAACAGGAGGAAGAAGAUGAGGAGUUGACUUUGAAAUAUGGGGCAAAGCAUGUGAUUAUGCUUUUUGUACCUGUCACACUUUGCAUGGUGGUAGUUGUUGCAACCAUCAAGUCAGUCAGCUUUUAUACACGAAAAGAUGGACAGCUUAUCUACACUCCAUUCACUGAAGAUACAGAGACUGUGGGACAGAGAGCCCUGAACUCUAUUCUCAAUGCUACCAUCAUGAUCAGUGUCAUAAUUGUUAUGACCAUACUCCUGGUUGUGCUUUACAAAUACAGGUGCUAUAAGGUGAUCCAUGGGUGGCUUAUAAUUUCUUCUCUAUUGCUGCUUUUCUUUUUCUCAUUCAUCUACUUGGGUGAGGUUUUUAAAACCUAUAAUGUUGCCAUGGAUUACAUUACCCUCGCGCUUAUGAUCUGGAACUUUGGCGUGGUGGGAAUGAUCUGCAUUCACUGGAAAGGCCCACUCCGGCUCCAGCAAGCAUAUCUCAUUAUGAUCAGUGCUCUCAUGGCCCUGGUGUUCAUUAAAUACCUUCCUGAAUGGACUGCAUGGCUUAUCCUCGCGGUAAUUUCAGUUUAUGAUCUAGUUGCUGUCCUAUGUCCUAAAGGCCCUCUUCGUAUGUUGGUUGAAACAGCUCAAGAGAGAAAUGAAACACUCUUCCCAGCGCUUGUUUACUCCUCAACGAUGAUAUGGCUGGUGAAUAUGGCUGAGGAAGACCCAGAAGCCCAACGGAAAGCUCCCAAAAGUUCUGCUUAUGAUAAACAAGCUGCAGAGAAUCAGACUCAGAAUGAAGAUGCUGACACCGAUGAUGGAGGCUUCAAUCAGGAAUGGGAACAACAAAGGGAUAACAGAAUAGGACCCCUUGACUCAACUCCUGAAUCCCGGGCUGUUGUUCAGGCUCUUCCUAGUAACUCCCAAGAUAGUGAGGACCCUGAAGAGAGGGGAGUAAAACUUGGUUUGGGAGAUUUCAUUUUCUACAGCGUUCUGGUUGGCAAGGCCUCAGCCACAGCAAGUGGAGACUGGAACACAACGUUAGCCUGUUUUGUAGCCAUACUAAUUGGUCUGUGCCUUACUCUACUGCUUCUUGCCAUCUUUAAGAAGGCAUUACCAGCUCUUCCAAUCUCCAUAACCUUUGGGCUCGUUUUCUACUUUGCCACAGAUAACUUAGUGCAGCCCUUUAUGGACCAGCUAGCAUUUCAUCAGUUUUAUAUAUAACGCAUUUGAAGUUGAUAUUCUAUGGACAUUUAUAAUGACUCUAGAAAAUCUGGGAGGGAAAAAAGGAUUUUUUCCUUGGUCCUCACGUGACUGUGAAGUUCAGUAUACUCAAGAUUUCUGGCCUGAAUCAUUGCAACUUCCUCCCAUGUUUUCCUGAGACUACCGCACUGGGUAUUCUAUGUAAAAAGGGUUUUUCUCAAAGGAUGGACUACCAUUAUGUCAUAAGCAAUUUCUGAAUGAUAGACGUGUAAUGAGGACCAUCUGUGUCAAAGUUGCUAAUGUUUCUACCAGCAACAUGAGCCCUCGGUACAGGUUGAUGUUUUCCCAACACUGAAGGCCCUGAGGACUGCCAUGAGUUUAAAGAAAGGAAGGUAGCAAAGUUCUGUCUGAUUUGACUUGAAAACCAUUUGAAGGGAAUCAAUCCAGUACAAAUCAUUAAAGCAAUGUUUUUCACCAGUUGAGUCCUGACCUCACUUUGGGUCAUUAGGUAAGGGCCAGGUAUUAUAGCAAUGGGACCGAUGGAGAAAGGAUAGUCUCUCCUAAAGAGAGUUCCAUCCCUUAAUAGCCUCUGUGCCUAAGUGUGCUUGAUUUUUGAUAAGUCUAAAAGCUUAUUUUCACAUUGGAUCAAGAUCCUGUACUCUAAUUUACUCUUUGCAUUCUCAAGCACAGAGAGUGCAUACUGUACUACCACUGCUCAUUUCUCAUAUAGCUACCAAGACUUGGACUGAAUAGUUUGGAACAAGUCAAUCAUGAGGCCCUAACAUGCAUCCUUGUAAAAGGUUGGAGGACUAAUGCUCAAAAAAAUUCUUUAUUAAAAUGACAUGACAGUUUCUGGAUUUAUUUUGUCAUCUUGCUAAUCUUUGCUAGAAUAACAUCAAUUUAAACCUCACUUUUAGAUGGCAAUUUGCCACACUGGACUGCAUUGCUCUAAGUUCCCGUUCUCCCACACAGAGUCUUUGGGUAUAUGUAACAGACAUUUGCAGCAGCAUCUCCCAAGCAUACCAGGAAUUUAGCCUUAUAUUGCCAGGUGUAGAGAAAUGGAGGGAUAUUUUUAGUAGCAUUCUUGUUUCCAUUAAGCAUGUCUCUCCGGAAACAUGUAGUUGAAAGGAUCUGGACUAUAGCAAAUUAAAAUGAGGGGCAGUGUUUUUCCUAUGUAACAUUGUUAACUUCUCUAUUAAGCUUUAGUAUUAGCUUCUCAUGCUUAUUGCAACUUGACACCUACAGCUGAGUGAUUUAUUUUAUGUAGUGCAUUGAUAAAUGAUAUUCAUUAGCCAAAUAAGUUGUCAUUUAGUGUUUCCUGGGAAUAAAAAGUAUUGUUCUUUUUUUCACCAUUAUAAUCGGGUGUGAUGAAAUAUAGAUAAUAGGUGUCUGGAGAAAAAUUUAUACUAAGCUUAGUAACCCCACCUUAAUUUGUUUUAUUCUUUAUUUAAAUCUACCAUUAUGUUUCAUGGACGUUUUAUAGAAUGGAACAUUUUGGGAAGGACACGAUUGGAGAAAAACAUUCUGUGCAAGCAAAAAAGCCUGGUUUUGGUGCAGCAGAGCUCAGUGAAGCAUAGAAUGGAAAGGUUUGGCUGUUGAUGGCAUUGCAGCUUAUGUUAAUUUAAUAUUUAACAAGAUACCUAAUGGACAAAACUAGUGUAAAUGGUGAUCUGAAGCAACCUUUUUUCUUUUCCAGAAAGAGAUCAACUUCAGUAAACAUGGAGUUAGUAAUAGGACUGAGACUUCAUGCUUAUUCUUAAGUUGGUUUUUGAUUAGUGGGUAAUAUGUGAAGGCUUUGCAUUUGUGUUUUAUACCACAAAGACUUUAACUUCCUCAACUUUUUAUGAUUUUGGUAACUGCUGUGUAUUGCCCAGUGUGACUUACUAGCCACAGAAUGUUGCCAUCUGGAAAUCAGGGCAGUUACAUCAAAUAAUUUGCAUCCACUCUACUCACCUGAAAGUACCUGCAUUCUUGGUUGUGGCUGCAUUUCCUCUUGGAUUCGUUAUGGAUAGCAUUAAUAAAACAAGCAUGUCUUGGUACUUCAUUCUGGCUGUCUAGGUCAGAACUGCCUGUGUAAUUGUAAAGACUUGUUCACUGUCCCAGAUAUUACGUGAGUGGAAUGUCAUUUAAAAUGUUUUUUUUAAUACGAAGUUUUCUGCUGUUAGAGCAUUCUUUCCUGUUACUACUUGAUCCUUGCAUCAGCAUUAAUCUCUGAGAAUUGCAGCUGUGUUUUUGGUUGGGAAUUCUAAUUAUUGCUUGUGCUUUAUAGAGAAAAGAUCGCCAAAAGUUGGUACCACUAUCCUUUGUUUGUACAUCUGAGCAAAGUCUCAGUUAAAAGUUAUUUGUAAAAUGCAGUGGUCAUCUUUUGUUUGAAAUAGUCACUGCCGGAAUUCUGAUCCCCUAAACGGCUGAUCCAAAGCCUGUUGAAAUAAAUAGGAGCCUUUUCAUUUACUUCAGUGGACACUGGAUUUGGUCCUUGAACAGUUCAAAUCUUCAAAACGUUUAAAUUGCCAGUCUUCCACUGCCAUCCUGGAGUUUUAAUUUCUAGCCCUGUUACAGAAGGUUGUGGUGGAGAUUAUACACCUAUGAUAACAUUGAGCCUUGAGUACACUUGCUAAAACCAGUAGAUGCAAACAUAAGAUUGAAACUCUUUUCUGGAUUUGCUCUUUUGCACUGAAAUACGGUAACACAUGCCGAAUAUGAUCUUUGUGGUGCUAGACCACUUCAAUAUGUGGUUUAGAAGGGUUACAUAAGAACAGUGUUCAUUCUGCAUUUCCUGGAAUUUGGGAGUUUAAUGCACAAGCAUUGUUCAUAAUUUCUCUACUAGCCUUCCAGAAAAAUAGAAAUCUAAUUUAUGAUAUAGGAUUAUUUCCAUCUGGUCUACUUGGUAUAAUCAGAGAUUUCUGAUGUAUUUUAUAGCUCUUUGGGGGAAUUAUUGAUUCCUAUAUUAAUACACUAUUGAUGAUUUAAUUUUUAUUGCUAUCCCAGUAGAUGUGGGUCUUUCUCUUCUGUGUUCCAAACAUGUCUAUCACAUUUGGUUAACCAGUAAUUGUUGUGGCUUUAAGACAAAAUUUCUGUCAUUGUUGAUAGCUUCGCUACCUUUCAAACUUUCAUAAGUAAUUAGUCUCUCUUAAUGGCUACUCGUCUGCAAAAUUUCAUAAACUAGAACAUCAACUUGUAGGAGUGCUUAAAAUAUCUGCUUAAAUGUAUACCAUGUUUUCUUCCUCGUUCUUGUAUUUAGUCCAGAACAGACACUUAUAACAGAUUUUUGUAAAUAGGGAAUUACUUACAUGGCUAUCUUGAAUGCUGCUACCAUAAAUAACUGGAAGCUCCUUCUGAUGGUAGUUAUCUGCAUUCAGAUGUAACCAAUGUGGGGUGAGUUUGGAGGUAUAGUCGCUUGUGUAGAGCACCAUGUUCAGAUUGUCUUAGGAGCAAAUCCUGAUUUUAAGCCAAAUAUUCAAGGGCUGCACUCUGCUGAAAAUGGCUAACUCCUUGAGGUAAAAAGCAAACCAUGCAUUUAUUUAGACUCUCUGGUACUGUACAUGGCAAUUGCUCUGACCUUACCAUAGUGAGGGAGAAUUAUCCUAAAGUACAUUUGAGAGGAAUUUCAGGACAGAUGAUGCAGUGUUAGGAAACUUCUCAAAAAAGUGGGGGGGGGGAGGUGUUUUGACACAUGCUGUUGAGGUCAGUAUAAGGAAGAUUGUGGAACAUGUCUUUGUUAUGGUAAUACCUUGUUUUACAUUUUAAGUUUGGUCAUUGGGAAUACUGGAAUAUGAACUAGAAUUGGAUUAUUUUACACUCAAGCAUUUGCUAUUUUCUUUUUUUACAGACACUGGUUUGUACAUAAUCUGAUUUGAAUGUGAAUAAGUUUUUUAAACACCUUUCCAAUUCUUUAUAAGAUACAGUUUUGAUAGAUUAUUGCAAAUUUUCCUUUAUUUGUCUAAUCAUUAAAAUAAAGACUGCAUGGAUCCUAA